UACUCAUUUUUUGUCUCCUUAAAUCUUGCUCUCCAACUUUCUCUUUCUUUCAAUUAUCACACUAUCUAUCACAAGAUGGCUGCAAAUAUCGCUUCAUCAUCAUCGUUGUUCCUGAUUCAUCAUGCCUCAGCUCCUAUCAAGAAAACAUCAAAACGGGUAUUAAUGCUUGCAAAAAGCGACUCAUCUCCAUCAUCCUCAUCUUCAUCUUCAUCUCUCAUUCGGGUCGGAUCAUCCAUCAAGAUACAAAAGGUUUUUGAAGACAAAUCUAGAGGGAUCGUAUGUUACUUGGAUGAUAAAGGUGAGAUAACAUGUGAAGGAUACGAUGAAGGUCCUCGUCAUCAAGGUGUUCCAACAUUUUCUUGUUAUCAAAGAGGUGAACAACACAUCGUUGAUCUUCUUAAUAGAAGUCUGCUUCGAGUCGUAGAUGGUGGAAAAGUCAACUAACCAUGGUUGCCAAACACAGCAGUUCUAAGUUCUAACUUAUUAUUUACGAUCCAGGGAGAAAAAACCAUCACAUCGUCAUCCCUCCAUACGCCAUUGCUACCCUCUCCAGGGUUAUAAUCUAUAAUUCUAUAUACUUAUAUCAUAUAUGUGUCUGUGUUUAUGUGUAUGUGAAUAAUGAAUCGAUCAUGAAAUAAAAGUCCUCACUUUACUCAA